AUGGCCAAUGAUAGCUCUCAAACGAGCAACCAUGGGAGCACCAAGCCCUUUACAGUCAUCGUCCACCCCUUUCAGUCACCUACUCCCGACUCCUGUGCCUAUGAGAUUGGAUCGAAGGCCUCCUCGAAUGCAUUGAUAUUCAUCGGCGGCCUCACGGGCGGCCCACACACCAGCCGGACCCCAAGAAGUCUGGCUCAUGGACUUGCUGCUGCCUCAGAGCUGGACUACUCCGUCUGGGAGUUCCGCAUGCGGAGCUCAUACUCCGGCUUCGGGUUUUCCAGCAUUGCCAACGAUGUCGAGGAUGUCAGGGCUCUCGUCACUUAUCUGCGCAGCCUCGGAAAAAACAAGAUAGUGCUAAUGGGAGUCUCUACUGGGUGCCAGGAUUGCAUCGAGUACACGAACCGUGUCAAAUAUGAUACUCCUCCCGUGGACGGGUACAUACUGCAAUCUCCGGUGUCUGACCGCGAGACGGCAAGCAUGAGCAUGCCUGUAGACUACCUCGAAGCCACCGUUGCUACGGCGAAAGAAAUGAUCGCCCAGGGGAGACAUGAGGACGCCAUGCCUCGGGAUUCAAUCCCUCCCGUCUUUUCAUCCCCGGUGACAGCAUACCGGUGGAACUCACUUGCCGCCAAAGGAGGCGAUGACGACUUCUUUUCCUCCGACAUACAAGACGACACACUUGAUACGACGUUCGGCAGGUUUGAUAAACCUGUGCUGCUGAUGCCUGCCGGAAAGGAUGAGCUCGUGCCGCCGACGGUGGACAAGGAGGAACUUCUGGAGCGCUGGGUAAAGGCAUGCCCUCAAGGUAUUAUACGAUGGCUCAAGGAUGGAUGCUGGAUAGAAUCAUGCCGUUUUUGA